UCCUCACACCGAUCAUCUCUGCCCGGAGCAGGAUGCGUCCUCUUUUACGAUGCCUGGGAUAACGGUGGCAGGUCGGCCCAUUGCAUGCAUCUGCUAUUACCGCUGGAAGUGACAUAUAUUCAUCCUGAAGUGAAGUGACAGCCCGUCCGUGGGCACCGACGAUUGACAGGAUCCAUGGGCUCUGGUGAUCUAUGGUGACCGGCUGGGCUCGGUGGGAUUUGGAGACCCAUCGUUUCAGCAAUAAACAAAAAAAACAAAACAAAAGAAGAAGAAUAGAGCACACACAUAGGCCUACACCUCUUAACCUCCAGGGUGGAUAAAGUGGAAAAAAGAUGGGGAGCACGACCUCUUGCUGCGUGUCUGCAAGCCCCAAGCUCCGCAGAAAUGCCCACUCCAGGCUGGAGUCGUUCCACCAGGAGUCGGAGCUGAGCAGGGAGGAGACGGGAUGCAACCUGCAGCACAUCAGCGACAGGGAGAACGUCGACGAGUUGAAUAUGGAGUAUAAUCCAUCAGACCAUCCGCGGGCCAGCACCAUAUUCCUCAGCAAGUCCCAAAACGAUGAGGUGCCAAGUAGGAAUGUGCGUGAAAAACGAAAGAGCCUCUUCAUCAAUAAUCAUGGAACGACGAGGCGGAAAUACAGCUCCUGCUCCACCAUCUUUCUAGAUGACAACACGGUCAGCCAGCCCAACCUCAAAUAUACCAUCAAAUGUGUUGCUCUGGCAAUUUACUAUCACAUAAAAAACAGGGACACAGAAGGAGGAAUGCUGCUAGAUAUCUUUGAUGAGAAGCUUCAUCCUCUUUCAAAAUCUGAAGUGCCGCUGGACUACGACCAACAUGACCCAGAGCAGAAGCAGAUCUAUCGGUUCGUCAGGACGUUGUUUAGUGCUGCUCAACUCACGGCUGAGUGUGCCAUCGUCACACUGGUCUAUCUGGAGAGGCUCCUGACGUAUGCAGAGAUCGACAUCUGCCCGGGGAACUGGAAGAGAAUCGUUCUGGGUGCCAUCUUGCUGGCCUCUAAGGUCUGGGACGACCAGGCCGUCUGGAACGUCGACUACUGCCAGAUCCUCAAGGACAUCACAGUGGAGGACAUGAAUGAGCUGGAGCGCCAGUUUCUGGAGCUGCUGCAGUUUAAUAUCAACGUGCCCUCCAGUGUCUACGCCAAGUAUUACUUUGACCUGCGAUCACUUUCAGAGUCAAACAACCUCAGCUUCCCCCUGGAGCCACUCAGUAGGGAAAAGGCCGGAAAACUAGAGGCUAUUUCCAGGCUAUGUGAUGACAAGUACAAGGACGUGCGUAGAACUGCCAGGAAGCGAUCGGCCAGCGUGGACAAUCUAUGUGGGAUCAGAUGGGUUCCCGCAAUCCUCUCUUAACCACUAUUAAACUGCCAUAUACUGAACACUGGCAUCGAGCUACAGACACUGGCCAGAUGAAAAACUGAAAAAGCACAGUGGAAACAGAUGGGCAUGAUCCUCUGCCUAGCCAGAGAACUGCAGUUUGAAUAUCACAAUAUGGGACUCCACAUUGUGAAACAGUGAUUUUUUAACACCUGAAACCAAUCUCUGAACCUCAUAUCUUCAAAUCGGAGGACAGAAAGAAAGACAUUUGAACAUUUUGGAAGGUGGGUGAGGUGAACUCCAGAGAGGUUUCUAACGUAAAUAUGAUGCCUUCACAGUGCCUCAACUUUUCUGUACAUGAAGACACAAAGAGAGAGAACAGAGUUGCUGGUUGUGGAGAAAAACCUGGCUUUGGACCAAACAAUGAAGACCUGGACAAGACAGCCUUGAAAAGCACUUAUGACAUGGCAUUAUGAACAUGUCUUAAUGUAAAAACUCAUGUUCAUGUUUCUGGUUUCGUCCAGACUAUCUGCGUCUGGCCUAAUUAGAAAGAUCUGACAUAUAGUAACCUGCCUUUGACAUGGCACUGCAACUUUACAAUGAAGAAUAUUAUUUAUUUCACUUUUUUAUUUGAACAUUUCAAGUUGCAGCUGCCUGAACCCGCAGUACCUGCAUAAUUAAAUAAAAAAACAAACACUAGUGUAGCACAGGAAUUUCUACCGUGUUCUCAAGUUUUCUUCUUUGGGAACCUUUAUAAUCAAGGUUUACAGUAUUUCUAGCGUACCUCUUCAUACUCAGGUAGUCUGUUUAAUAUUUUGAGUGAUAGUGAUGACCCCCAGUUUGAGUCAUACUGAUGGUUGAAUUAUGAAGAGUGACAAACUUUGCAAAUGGAAAGGGCCAGAAUGAAUUAAGAAUUGUGAUAACAUUCCCGCAGAUAUCAGUACAUUCACAUAUUGGGGAUAUACACGGUCAAAUAGUAUAGACCAGGGUGUUUUCCAGAGGUUGUGGCAGUUUUCAUCAUAAUUUAAAUUGCCCCCAUUUUUUUCCUCUCAAGAGAACUCAACUUUUAUGUGCAGAGAGGUUUUAAGCAGCAUUAAGCAUGCAUCUCUGCUGCCAUCUAGUGGAUUAUCUAAGUAUUGCAGAAAACAAUCCAGGUUGUGAUUCAGAGUGGAGAUUUCUGCCUCCACUUCAAUACAUUAGAGAUUAAUGAAACUAUGUUUGUGCUGCUGACAGGAUUGAAAAAAAAAUUUAAAGAGAAAAUUUAAGAAUUCAACAUUAACAUGAGUUUCCCAAAACAGUGUCCAUGUUAAUCAGCAGACCAUCGCUAUGAAUGGUUUUUAUGUUCAAUAGAAAGUAAUUACAAUGAAACCUGUGAUGGUCAGAUAUCUUGACAUUGGGGAAAUAAAACAUAGACAGGUACUGCACCACUAGAUUUUUUUGAUUUUUUUGGAGGGGGUUGAACCAACUUUUUACAGGCACGAACACCUAUAAUUAGUAGGAGGGCACAUCACAUGGAGGGUGCUGAUGAGAAAAUCCACAUGCAAUUUUUUUUUCUUUUGCACCUUCAAAAUAAAUUCAGCACCAAAAUAUGUUACUGAAAAACAAACUCUUUGGUCACAUGCUUUUGCUACUCAACUCUGGAAAAAACAAAACCUACUUAUAGGUACUUAGAGGCAAAGCCUUGGUAUAUUACUCUGACAAAAUACAUUCUGCAGUGGAUACUGGUGAGGAGGAGAGGUUCAUUUUAUUCAUUCAGUAUUAUUAAGCUACAGUAAAUGACUCAUGGUACAAUACAUUGCAUCCUGGAAAAACUCGAUGAAAAAUGGCUGAUACCCCAGUGUCUUUAUUUCCUGGCUGACCCCUUUCACAAUGCUGCCAUUUAAAAAAACUGUUUGAUUGCUGUUCAUAAUUUAACUUGGAUUGAAAGAGUAUAUCCAUACAUACAGAUCUCUCUGGGAUACGGUGUUUCUACAAACCCUUUCAAAGUUCCAAUAAAACUAAAUAGUGCAUGAUGUAAAUCAAACAAAGCUGUUUUUCUGAGCUCAAAUUUUGGAAUAUACCAGAUCAUAAGACAGUAUCACUUGCUGUAGGAAAGGAAACACAGAUUUUUGAAGAUGGUUUGGACCAACAGUCUUCUCUAUUGUUUCUAGCAAAUGUUUUUUUUUCUUUUUUUAUUAGAAACAUCAAGCUGUCACGGGUAUAAAUCUACAAGUGAUCUACUGUCACUAGUGUGUGACCAACAACACUAUGUACUCUGCAAGUGUGUGCCUGGAUAAUGGCAUAUACUGUAGUGCAGGGGUGUCAAACAUGCGGCCCGUGG